AUGACACUCUCUGCCAUUGACGAAUACGACGUGAAAAUGUCGUUUCAAGCCAUGGACGAAGAGAAGAUAGAUCGAAUUACAUUGGAGAACUUUCACACUCUGUUUUUGGGCCUUGGAUUUCAACCACAGCGACUUUCUUUGUUGCAGUUACGACGAAAGGUUGCCGAUGCCAUUGAGAACAUCUCGACGACAUAUCAACAGCAACAACAAGAGCUAUUGGAUACCAAAGACGAAGCCUUUAUCCCACUGUCCAUCGUCUUGGAAGUACUGUCACAACACCGACGCGAUCGAAGCGCCGAAAUCCAACACUGCUUUUCUCUGUUGGACCAGUCCCACAAGGGAUACAUCACGGCAGAGGACUUGCAACGAAUCGCUGCUGAAGUUGGAGAACCAAGCAUCUCGGCAGCAGAAGCCAAGGCUCUGCUUUGUACAACCCGAGGGAGGACUAUGGACCAAACGAGUUUUGCAAGAGUUUUCUCGCCACCGUCUCCGUAG